GCAUUGUUACUGCAAUGCAAGGUCUGAGUUUUACAAUGUUGACGGUUCUGCUCGGAAUGGGUUAUAAACCCCUUCCAUAAUCUACCCAACCCAUCGGAUUCCUUAUCACAAUUUCCCAACACAACCGAAGCCAAUCCCCACGACUCGGUUGCGUUUCGUGAGCUCCAACACUCAUUCAAAGCUCAUCAAAGGAAAAGAACCGCAAGUCCGUUCCAAUAUGCCUCACAUUCAAUUGGUGAACGAGUCGAACGCGGGCUCCAGCGAGCCCCAGAAGAUGACGAUCGAUCCCGCGACGUUCAAACGCAAUUUCGGAAGGCAUAAUGCCAUCAGUGAUGGCAGUGACGGCUCGGUGACCCGGUAUCUGGACUGUCGAGAUCCCUCACGCGCCGUCGCGGUUAAGACUCCUUCCUCCGCGAACGUCCACCAGCAAAAAGCUCUGCUCCACGAGAUCGCCAUCAUGGAAUUGCUUACGAAAUGCGACCAAAUCGUUUCCUUGCUUGGGUAUGAUACUAACUUCAUGCCCUACAGCCCGGCACUCUUCUACGAGUUCUGCGGGAUGGGAGACGUGCAGACCUACCACACGAAGCUCCAGAGGAAAUAUGGCCGCAUUCCCGAAGAAACGAUCUGGAAGCUCUUUGCGGAUAUGUCAAAGGGGCUGCAGUAUAUCCACUGCGAGCUGCCCAGGCCUCUGAUCCACGGGGACUUCAAAACCUUGAACAUCCUCGUGGCAUCACCGCCCGGCACCGGGUUGAGGGAAGUUCCCAUCCUGCCAAACUUCAAGAUCUGUGACUUCGCCCGCGCACAGCCGUAUUCCGGACCCGGCAAUCCGGGACCUUUCUACAACGGCACGUACGAGUACGGACCGCCACAGGCGGAGCAGCUACUCCCCCAGACCCCCGCUGUGGAUAUCUGGGCGCUGGGAGCAUCACUGCAGGAAUUCGCCCUUGGUAUCCUGCCGACGCAGACCCGAAAGCGGUUCUGUGAGGAGUACAGGCGCCGCUUUGGGACUAAUCUCUGGAAGAUAGUCCAGGAGGGGCGCCAGGACCUCAAUGAGGAUCGCUGGCGGAAGCACAUUCCUUUGGUGUACCGCCCUCUGAACGCUGAUGUCCAGGAACUUCGCAGCAAAUGGGACUGGCCUCCGGGAGCUGCGGAGCCACCGCGAUACAGCAACGCGCUCGAGUGCUGGUACCAUACCUGCAUGCAGGAGAAGCUGGACCAGCGCUUGACGGCGGCGUACUUGAAAGAGGAGGUUGCUCCGAUCGCUGAGCGCCGGAUCAAGGUCUUGCAAGCUCAUCGGAAGGUAGAGGAGGCGAAGAAGAAGGUCGAGGAGGCGAAGAAGGCACGCCAGAUGAAGGAGAAGAUGAAGCAGGGAAAGAAACCUCUCUCUUCCCUACCUCCUCACGCUGCUCGCCACCUCCAAAUUCCGGCUCAACCCCUAGCUCCAUCUCCUGCCCCUCGGCCUGCAGCAGCCCAAGGUCGUACCAAUGCGGCGAGCCCCACACCGUCCCGUCCGCCUAGAGAUCCUCGCCGUCCUCGCCGCCUUCAGCAACGUGAGGAGAUGUUCCUGCCCUUUACCAAUCCCCCAGCGGACAGGCGGCGUCUUCCUGAGCCACCCAACCAAAAACCCGAAGGACAACUGCCCGUCAUACAUGUCGACGGCAGCAGCGCCCUGACCCGAAAGGAUUUCGGCCUUCCUCCCCGUGCACCGCAGGCCACUCGCUUGCGGGGCCGGAAUCGCCGUCCUAGCGAGACGGAUAGCGCGAUGGCAAGGAAGGAGCGGAAGUAUCUGCGGGGGAUGAAGAAGGAGUUGGGGAAUGCGGUGUAUUCGGGUAGGGGAGGAUGAGUUGAACUGUGUUUUCGACUUGUGUUCUCGUGUGCUAGAGUGAUGACCCCUAACGGCUAUGGCCUUCAGUUGAAGUGGUCCCAUUAUUUGCAGUGGAGAUGACAUGAUAUCUUCUGCAGAAACGUCCCAAUCGACGACAACGUGGUACGGUUAGCUCCGCUCUGGAAACCAGAAGAAGAUACGGACGAGGAGAGUUUUCACCGAAGCUCGCGAUUUCGGCGUUAGGAUGGGUACAUCGAGGGCGGCUUCCCCAUACAUAACUAGUCCUCUAUUUGUCAGGAUUUAAGGGGUCG